UUUUUUUCUUUUUUUUAUUGAAGUUCAUGGUUCAUGUUUAACUUCCGCAUCUCCAACUGCGAAGUGCGUAUUUAUCCACGAAUUUCCUGCAGUCCCAGAUUUACGGCUGACCUCUGACCUCUACCAUGGCGACUGCUUCCAUCACCAAAAUGGGAGGGGUGGUGGUCGUCACUCAGGUCAUUCCUCAGGAUGAAGCGGGGCAGAUCCCCAUGCAGACUCCUGGAGUCCCGCCCACUGACACAAAGGCCCCACCCACUGCUUCACAGGCCCCACCCCCUCAGUCCUCCUCCACAACAAAGAUGGAUGACACAACGGCCACCUUCCUGAAGGGGGAGCCGGAGAUCCUCGGGGCGAUCCAGAUCCUCAUCGGUCUGUUAUGUAUCCUCUUCAGUCUGACCGCCAUCUUCUCUCCAGUCCUGAUCUACCACGCUCCACUCUGCAUCGGUGUCAUUUUUAUCAUCUCUGGUUCAGUGGCUCUGAAGGCAAAGAGGAACACUUCAGUCGCUUCGGUCUGGUGGACUUUGAUACUGAACCUGCUCAGUGUGAUAUUCAGUCUGGGGGGCGUGGCCUAUCUGUCCUGGUGUUUUGCUGCGGUCCUGCCCACUGUGAUAGUCUGUGGAGAAGAGAUGAACCCCCAGCCUUAUGACCCAUACGGGAGGCAAUUUAACUGCAAUGAACGGCUAUGGCUCCUCGACGUGGUGGUUCAUGGUCUGUGGGGGUUCUACCUCGUCCUCCUCGUCUUCCAGGCUUGUGUCUCCAUCACUUUGGUUGUGUUCUCUGGAAAAGCAAUCAGGCACAGUGUUCACUAUGGACCUGUUCAGGUGCUGGUGUCGGACUAUGACAGUGAUGUUGGUCUGUUGGAUCCAGAGCCAUCCACACCCACCCUGGACUCACCGUGAAAGGACGAAACAGCUGAUAAACACCACUAAAAUACAGUAACACAAAUCCCACUGAGCAGAAGUACUACAUAUACAAUGAAUACUCCAUAGAGUCAUACUAAUACCACUGUAAUACUACAUAAAUUUUCUGAAUCAUGAGGGAAUGACCUCUAUCCAAUCAUCUUUUUGGCCGUUUCAGUUGUUUUUCCUCAGUAUAUAUUUUUUUGUCUUGUAGGUUUCAGCUACAUAUAUCUUGCUGCAUUGUAUUCUGGGUAUAGCAGAAGUUAAUCUGACGUGCAUGUUGUAAUUGAACUGUUUCUGUUUUUAUGUGAAUCGAUACAAGUAGGAAUGAGAUGAACUGAUACAUGAGAUGUAAAAAGGGGAAUUUUUCAGGAAACGCUAAAAAUUGAGAAAUUUAGGUGACACAUUCAGUUGUUUUCACAUAGAUAAAAAGAAAAAUUUAAAGUGAGCAGUCUGAAGACUUUAUGUUUAAUUUUAUUUUUAUUUUGUUUUGUAAAUGAUUGAUUUAAUUGAAAUGAUUGUAAGUCCAAACACUCAGUACAAAUACAUUAAUAUUAACCUUUAAAAGACCUGCUAUUAUUAUAGUGUAGUGAAUUUUUCUGUGAAAUUCAAGUAUAUUCUUACAUUUAAUUCACUAAUCAUGUAGAUGUUCGUAAAAGCUCAGAAUAAACUCAAAGGCUUUUAUAUCAAAACAGAAAACUGAAGAAAAAAAUUUUUUUUCAGCAAAAUCUAUCAUUAAUGGGGCAUAAGACGAGCCUUUGCAACCACUGUCAUUUGUCAAACUAAAUGGGUUUUAUUGGUAGUAGGAGAUGAUGCCACUAAAAAGCUGAGAAGCUGCAUUUUACUUCAGUUAUUUCAUGUAUUGAUAGGAUUAGUGAAUCAAAACAUAUUAAACCUAAUACAUUAGUAGAUGCUUUUGGUUACUGGUUAUUAUUUGGGUCUUUGAGGGUUAAUAUUUCUGUUUAUAUCAUACUUAUAUCUUAACCAUAAAUAAAACUCAAACCACUACAACAACACUAACUAUAUCAGUUACAUUUGGAGAAGGUUACCAUGUAUUCACUUCUAUUAAAGCUGUGUCUACAACUGUAAUUUUUAAUUCUAUAUUGAAUUAAUGUGAGCUAAAGGGUGAAUAUCAGAUUUUUUUUGUUUAAAAAUCACUUUUUUGGUGAAAAGUCACAAAAUAAACCUAAUCCUAUGGUAGAGGAAUGCUGAGUUAAAACCUUCUGUUUUUAUCUAAAGGUACAAAGUUCUGCAUUAAAUAAACUGUAGAAGGUUUUACUAGAGGAUGAAUGUCUGUAAAAAUAAAUCUGCUGCUUUGGAAUGUAAGUGAAGUUAACAUGUAAAUGUGUAUGAUUUCUUUUUGCACUUUAUGGAGUUUUGUUGGCUUUCUUUCUUUUUUGCCCUUUUUAUCAUGAUUUUUCAAUAAAUUGUCUUAUUUCCCUAA